AUGGAACAGAUUAUUAACGUCGCUGAGCUAAAACAGCCCCAGGCUGAUGCAAAGAUAUGCAGCCAGACCGGUCUGGAUAGCCAGAGCCAAACCCCAGCCGCCUCACAGACCGAUCACGAUUACACCCUGGUUUCUCCUGGAACGCCGGUGGGAAGACCAAUGCCACCACCACCACCACCACCACCACCACCACCACCACCACCACAGCAUCAUGAUCAAGGACCUUCGCCGUCAGAAGUGCGAAAAUUUGCCAAUCCUGCUCCCCUUGGUCUAUGUGGGUUUGCACUCACUGCAUUCCUAUCUAACGGCAUGAGUGUGUUUGCCGGGGUUUCUGUUGCUGGAGAAAAUGUCUCCUCGGCCCUGGCCUACGGAGGCAUCAUCCAGGUGCUUGUUGGCAUGUGGGAAAUGGCCCUCGGAAAUACGUUCGGUGCUACAUCAUUCUGCUCGUACGGCGCAUACUGGGUAUCAUUUGCCCUUCUGAACUUCGACGGGACCCAGGUGACGAGCAAGGAACCGGCCGAAGCAUGCCAGAGUGAGACAUUGAUGGGGCUAUUCAUGAUGGCAUGGUUCAUUUUCACCACAAUUAUGCUGCUGUGCACACUCAAGUCAAGUCUGGCCAUGUUCCUGCUUUUCUUCUUCCUCGACAUGAACUACCUCCUCCUGGGUAUUGCCAACAUACAAUGCGGCUACCACGGCAAGAUCCUGGCAUCAGUGCAACAGGCUGGGGGGAUUUGCGGUCUGCUAGCGGCUUUUGCUGCGUGGUACAACGCCUUUGCUGGCAUUUUCGACAGAAGCAAUGGUUUCUUCACAGUACCUCUUGGUCAUUUCCCAUGGUCUCCCGUUAUCCAUGCCCACCACUCCAAGUACAAGGAGGUGUGA